GCACCUGUACCCAUGACAAUACAACGUAGUGGAAUAUUUUUCACACAUUUAUGAUUUAUGCGUUACAUGCAUGCCAUCCCUGAAAUAAAAGAAAUAGAAUUUCUAAAUGGCGGAUUAAAUCGAAUUGCUGUUGUUGAAUUAAUCUUUACGGUGAGUCCUGUCUAGUUUGUUUCUUUCAGUCUUUCUUCCCCUCUCUCUCUGCCGCUCUUCGUCUUCUACGAGUUUGUUUAUAGGUUUGCCGGUGCGGUUUGAUUUAGGGUUUAAGCGGAGUCUUCAGAAACGAUUUUUUUUUUUCAUUUCUUUUUGUUUUCAGAUGCUCAUUGGGAGUUGAAGACAAAUUUCUUGGACGGAAUGGGACUUGAUAAUGAAUGCAUAUUGAACAUCCAAUCUCUGGCUGGAGAGUACUUCUGCCCUGUUUGUCGUCUGCUAGUCUACCCAAAUGAAGCAUUACAGUCGCAAUGCACCCAUCUUUACUGCAAACCAUGUUUAACCUACGUUGUCAGCACUACUCGAGCUUGUCCUUAUGAUGGUUAUUUGGUAACAGAAGCUGAUUCUAUGCCUCUUGUUGAGUCAAAUCAGGCACUUGCGGAAACCAUUGGGAAGGUCACUGUUCAUUGUCUAUACCAUAGGAGUGGCUGCACAUGGCAGGGUCCGCUUUCUGAAUGUACAGCUCAUUGCUCUGGGUGUGUAUUUGGCAAUUCUCCUGUUGUAUGUAAUCGGUGUGGUGUUCAGAUUGUGCAUCGUCAAGUUCAAGAACAUGCACAAAAUUGCCCUAUGGUGCAGCCUCAGGCACAGAAGGCUGAGGGUGGUCAGGAAAUUUCAGCAUCGGGCACUGCCGCUGCUGCUGAUCAUACUCAGGUUGCUUCUCAGGCCCAGGCAUCUCAAACUACAACAUCCAAUACACCCGUACAGGACCUCAAUCAGCAGGCUAAUCCAAAUCCUCAGUCUCAUGCCAUCUCCCAGGUUGCUAUGGUUACUUCAGAACAGUGGUCUCAACAGCAGCAACAACAGUUUCAGCAAUACUACCAGCAGUAUUCUGGAUAUGACCCGUAUUAUCAACAGUACUAUCCAUAUCAGCAGCAGGCAUUACCACAGCAGCAACCUUUGCAGGUUAAUGCAAAACAAAUGACUGGACACAAUCCAGUGUACCUGCAGACACAACCCCUACCUCAACCAGAGGUUCAGUCGCAACCACAGGCCCAGCCUCAUUCACACUUACCUGGUCAGGUUCCUGUGGCUGCUCAACUGCAGAACCAGGCACAAACCAAUGAACAACAGCAACCUCAGCUUAAGAUGCCACCACACUCUCAAAUUCCAGCACAAACUUACCCAACAACCCAGGGCCAUUCACAACCUCAGGUUCAACCACUUCCUCAAGCUCAUCCUCAUCAGCUAUAUGGGCACAUACCUCAGUAUCAGCAGCUUCAUUCCCAGAUGCAAUUGCCACAGCCCCAGCUUCAUCCUGCUUCUCAAGCUCAGCCACAGGCUCAGCAGCUUCAGCCUCUGCCCCCUCCCCCUCCCCAGCCCCAGCUGCAGCGACAUCCUCAACCAAGCCAGCCCUUGAAUCCAAAUUUGUUGACUCAGACACAGCACCCUCCAGCCCAGGCAGUGACUGGUCAUCAGUCUUAUUCACAAUCGCAGCCUCACCAGCAAAUGCAGCUGGUAACACCACAAAAUUCCUUGCAUAUGCCUGCUCAAGGUGGCCUUCAUCCACAGCAACAUCCUGCUGAAAAGCAGAAUUCGUUCCCUCAGCAACCUCCUCAGAUUCGCCUGCCCCAAUCUCAUGCUCCAAUUCCAAACCAACAGCAGCCUGGCUUGUUGCCUUUACCUGGUCCUAUGCUGCAACAAGCUCAUCAUCAUUCUCCUCAACAUCCACAUUCAGUUCAACCACAAUCAGUUAUGCAGCCUGCUGGAUCAAUUGUGCCUCAGCAAUAUAUGCAGCAGCAACCUUUGUCAACCCAACCAAUGGGCUUGGUUCAGCCUCAAAUGCAUCAGCAAAGUCCUUUUGUGCAGCAACAACAGUCCUUGCAAUCUCAAUUACUCCCCCCUGGCCCCCCUUGGUCCUUCCAGCAGCCUCCUCAUGCCUAUCCACAACCGCAGCAAAUUGUUGCAGGAUUGCAUGCUGUGCAGCCCUAUCAAACACCUAAUCUUGCUGGGAGACCUUUGACACCAAAUCAUGGACUACAAUCACAGCCAUAUCCACUUUCUGCACCUGGGAUGCUGGUUAAGCCUUUGCAGCUUGGUGUGAACCAGCUAUCUUCUUAUCAGAAUAACAUGCUUGGAACCAACAACCAGUCUGGGUUAACUUUGCAACCAAUGUCAGAGGUGCCAGGAGAUCAUGGUACUUUAAAUGUGGUUGAGCAAGAAGCAGAUUUAUCUUCCCAGGGAAUUGCUAAGAUGGAAGCUAGUGUGUUGGAUGUGGCAUCUAGUCUUGGAGCUAAUAUGGUCAACCCUAAUACUUCAAAAUACAAUGCUGAUUUGAAAUCUAUAGAUGAAAAACCUGCCGGUGAUGUUGGGGAUAAUACUAGUGGGUUUGAUAUAUCUACUAAGCUGACACAAGAAUCUAGAUGGACAGAUCUUGUAUUGUAUAGAGAUAAUUUGUCUAAGAAUAUGGCCAAGGGUGAGGCUAUUGAGGACCAGAAAGAUGUUGUCAAUGGUGAACGCAAAGUCGAAGAAAAGGCUAAUCUUGGUGAAGAACAGAAUGGGAAGAUGCUGAAAGAAAGAAAGAAAUCUCAAGAUGAAGGUACUGCUAAAGGUCCUGCAGGCAAUGAAUUAACAGGUAUCCCUCCAUGUAGUCAAGUGCAGCCUGGAAGCUUUCUGCAGCCUUCUCAUUCAGUUCCAGUUGUUGACCAGGGAAUACUCCAGCCCCUACAGAUGCCUUAUGGGUCUAAUAGUAACCAACAAAAACCUGCUGCUUCUGCAAUAUUACAAGCACAUCCACCAGGACUGCCUUCGUAUGCACAAGCACCAGGACUUCCUCACGAUCAUGUUAGACCUCAGGCCUCUGGACAGACUCCAGUUCCACCAGAAAAUUUUGCUUCUUCCUUUGGCAGAGGACCAAGUAGUUAUGGUCCUCAAGGGCCUUAUAAUCAAGGUCCUGCUUCUGGUGCUCCUAGGAUGCCUCGAAGUGAAACUCUUGUACGCCCAGCAUUUGGCACACCAUCAUAUGGCCCUGAAGCUCAUUUGGUUCAGCAGCGUUCUGCAAAUAUGUUGGACUAUCAUGCUGAUAGUGAAAGGUUAAAGCCCAGACAAGACGAGCAUUUGAAUCCAUACCCUUUGGAUCAUGUUCAUCCUGUUGGUGAUCGAGGACAAUUUGACAAAGAUCUUAAACUAUUUUCUAGGCCUUCUCAAUUGGAUACUGAGCCUGUUCCUAAAUAUGAGAGCUACUUCUCCUCAUCCAGGCCCCUUGAUAGAGGUCCUCAUGGCUUUGCUAAGGAUAUGGGACCAUGGGCUCAUGAGAAGGAACCUCGUGGUAUGAUUGGCUCCGGUCAUCCUCGAUUCUUUCCACCAUAUCAUCCUGAUGAUGCAGGGGAAAGGUCAGUUGGUCUUCCUGAAGAUACCCUAGGCAGACCAGAAUUUCUUGGAACAGUUCCUUGGUAUGGUCGGCGUCGUAUGGAUGGUUUUGUCUCUAGAAGUCCAGGAAGAGAAUAUUCAGGUGUAUCCUCACACAGAUUUGGAGGAUAUCCUGGUGAUGAGAUAGAUGGCGGGGAGUGUCGGUUCAAUGAUAGAUUUUCAGGUUUUCCUGGGCAUAUACAUAGGGGUGGGUUCGAGAGUUCUGACCACAUGGCAGAGCAUUUUGGUCCAGAUAUUCGACCUCCACACUUUAGAAGGGGUGAACAUUUUGGUCACAAUAACUUGCCUGGUCAGUUGCAGAUGGAAGGACCUAUUGGCUUUGGUGAUUUUUCUAGCUAUGAACAAAUGGGAGAAUUUGAUGGGCCUGGAAAUUUCCGUCAACCACGACUUGGUGAGCCAGGUUUUAGAAGCAGCUAUUCACUUCGAGAAUUUCCUAGUGAUGGUGGAAUCUAUACAGGUGGUAUGGAUUCAUUUGAAAUUUUGAGAAAGAGAAAACCGUUGAGCAUGGGUUGGUGCCGUAUUUGUAAAGUGGACUGUGAAACAGUUGAAGGCUUAGACCUGCACUCACAAACAGGGGAGCACCAGAAGACAGCUAUGGAUAUGGUUGCAAUCAUCAAACAAAAUGCAAAGAAACAGAAACAAACCUCCAGUGAUCACUCCCUACGCAAUGAUUCAAACAAAUCAAAGAAUGCAAAAUUUGAAAGCCGCUUGAAUAAUAUUAAAUCUUGAUAUAUGCUGUCUCAUAGAUUGUGGUUGUUCCCUUAUCGGCUUGGGAUUGAGUUUGUCAGUUUGGUAUUUGGCGCAUAGUGAUGUAGGUCACUCACCCUUGCCACUUUUCUACUUCUGGAUGGUUUAUGCUGGUCCUGUUAUUUCAGGUUGCCGCCAUGUUAAUGGAGAUGGAUUUUGGAACUGAUGUUCAGUGGCAGUUAAGUUUGUUUUGAUUUACUUUUAUAUUUGUUUUUUAAUAAGAUAAUUAUUUGCUUUUAGGACUUUAGUAUUUUGUGGCAACUUCAGCAUUACCUACUUAAAAAUGUUUUUGAUAUA